AUGGGCUCAAAUGCAAAAAUCAUUGUGAAGAUGUGGACGCGCGUUCUCGGGCUCGUGACCGCUGGCGGCACCGGGAACCGGAGCCCAGACAACCUAGGAGAGAUAGUAGGCAUCCAGGACUGGCGCGCCAUGGACACCCUCCACCUGCUGCUGCUGGUGGCUGCCCUGCCCCUGACGUCCUGGGGGGCCACACAGGGCGCCAGAUCCUGGACUGAGGAAAAGAACUAUCACCAGCCAGCCCUUUUGAAUUCAUCAUCUAUUCAACGAGUUGCAGAAGGCACCAAUAUUUCUGAAAUGUGGCAAAAUGACUUAAAACCAUUGCUGAUCGAACGGUACCCAGGAUCCUCAGGAAGCUAUACUGCUCGGCAGCACAUAAGGAGGCGAAUUCGGAGACUUAAAGCUGGCUGGUUGUUGGAAAUGGACACCUUCUUAAGUCGCACACCCUUUGGGUACCGUUCAUUCUCAAAUAUCAUCAGCACCCUCAAUCCCACUGCUAGGCGAUACUUGGUCCUUGCCUGCCACUAUGACUCCAAAUAUUUCCCCCGUUGGGACAACACAGAAUUUGUGGGAGCCACAGAUUCAGCUGUGCCGUGUGCGAUGUUGCUGGAACUUGCCCGGGCCUUAGACAAACAGCUUCUUUCCCUGAAGGGUACUUCCAACUCCAGGCCAGAUCUCUCACUUCAGUUAAUUUUCUUUGAUGGAGAAGAGGCUUUCUUUCACUGGUCUCCUCAGGAUUCUCUGUACGGGUCUCAGCAUUUAGCUUCAAAGAUGGCAAGGACCCCACAUCCACCUGAUAUAACAGACACAAACCAACUACAAGGCAUGGAUUUACUGGUCUUAUUGGAUUUAAUUGGUGCUCCAAAUCCAACAUUUCCUAAUUUUUUUCAACAGUCUGCCAGAUGGUUUUAUAGACUUCAAGAAAUUGAAUUUCAACUCCAUGCAAUGGGUUUGCUGAAGAAUCACUCUUGGGAGAGGCAAUAUUUCCAGAGUUUUGAUUAUAGAGGCGAAAUUCAGGAUGACCACAUUCCAUUUUUGAGAAAAGGUGUUCCAGUUCUGCAUCUGAUACCAUUUCCUUUUCCUGAAGUUUGGCACACCAUGGAAGACAAUGAAGAAAAUUUGGAUGCAUCAACCAUUGACAAUCUAAACAAAAUCCUACAAGUUUUUGUAAUGGAAUAUCUUCAUUUGUAA